ACUGUCGGUCUUCGUGUUGUGUCUUUCUGUUAUAAUAAUUAUAAUACGUGAGAAUCAAACACACAAAAUUAAAACAAUUUAUUUUGAAAUAACAUUUUUAUCAAUAAAAAUGUGAAUAGUUAUCUUCGCAAAAUACUGGAAACAAUCAAACGUAUUAGCGGAUGUCUUAAUAACAAGAAUGAAAAUGAGAUAAUUUGAGAUCAAAAUGACAAUACUUCUUUAUGACUACCGUGAGCUGGAGGAACGGGCUUCGAGAUAUCUAAAUGUCUGGAAAGCAUGGCAUUUAAUACUCUACGCUCUGGCGGCGAUCUUUGGAAUUCUCAACUAUGUGUUCCUACGAAACACCAUGCAACUCGUUGAUAACAAUUGCGUAUUGUAUCCAAGAGAACUAGCAUUCCGAUUUAUAGACUUACCCGAUGUGCCAGAAACAUAUAGCUCAGUUAAUUCGACAAGCAUUAUUAAUGAUUCAAACUAUACAAAAAAUGAAGAAAUACGAAAUGCUCAAAAUUUACCCGUCCAAGUAGAAAAUGUAACCAGAAUCCAAAGCGUUGAAGAGAAAAAUGUGACUAAUAUGAACAAUACAGUACGAAAUGACACAGAGUCGGGCACAAUUGAAAAUGACGUUAACAUUCUCACAGUAAAUGAAACUCAUCGUCUCGUUUUGGACACAUCGCGUACUCUCUUCGGAUGGGACAAUGAUUGUCAGUAUGCAGAAUAUAUGCCGAUCAUGUCCAUGAUUUUCGCUGCUGCUUGGGCAACCUUCUUUACUAUGUGCCCCGGGGGCGGUUAUUCAAGAUCUGGAUUACAACAACCCUGGCGGAUUCUAGCACCGGCCUUGCUUUUCGCUCUUAUAAUGGUUGGUCUCACCGGUCACAGUUUUACAAGUACCAAUAGAGGCCUGUAUGCGUUUUGUUCAGCAUUUUACAACAUCACAAACGCUACGACAUGCUCCUCUGUAAAUCCGUACCUACCGCUCGCGCGGAACACGUCGUGGACGUUCGGCGCGCGCGCGGCGGCGGCGCGGGCGGCCAGCGCGGGCGUGUGGGCGAGCUGGGCCUGCGCCGCCGCGCUCUUUCUCGCGCGCUGUCUCACCGCGCCCGACUUCCAGAUCAGGCGGACCGGGGCUUACCUCAACGACCCCCAGCAGAAAAUAGCACCAUAUCUAAAAAAAUCUAAGCGUCGUCGUGUCUCGAAAACGUCUCCAAACAAAAAUGACAAUGCAUCUAUUCGAUCGGAGCCUACGGCUACCACGGAACUUGUUACUGCUUCCGUGGAACAAGGACAAGACACCGUGCCCCCUUCGCCUCAAGUAACUCCGAUAAAACCGAUGAAUGGAAGAGAAGACAUCGAAAUGACUAUAACCCCACACCAACUGCAUUAAAUGCUUGAAUAUUUUACGCGAGAAAACACCUAUGUACUUUGUUAAGUUAUUAUUAUAACAGUUUUUUUCUAAGAAUUUAUUUAAAGCUUAAAUAUGUAUAUAUAUAACGGACUUAAAGGACGCAUUUAAAAUACUUAUACUAAAAGUUGUCUAUGAAAUGUUGAUUUUAUUGCUGUGUAAUUAAUUACUGUUAAUGAGUUUAUGUUUAUUAAAUAAAUGUUUAUAAGAAGCA